AUCCAAGCAGGUGCUAGAUAUGGGAAACGCUGUAUGAGGACGGCAGUUUAGGUGAGCCGAAUCAAUCUGCCUCGGCUCUCAAACGCUUCGAAAUCUCUCAUUGCGUCUACUUGAAGCCUCCGCAGCUUCUCUCCUUGGUUUCCUUCAAUGGCGGCGUUGUUGCUGUGUGUGGACCCCUACAGAGCUGGCUACGGGGCAGUCAAAUGUCUCGUAAAGGAACUCUCUCCGCUUCCAAGUCAAAACAAAUCCCGCGAAUCUUUCGUAAUCGACGCGGUUUGUGUUCGGUUCGCGGUUGGACGCACGGUGAGGUCGGCGUUGUGGGUGGAUCAGUGGUAGGUUACACCGAAUCGAGUCUGCUUCCCGUUUCGCCGGACGAGGACAAAAGAGAGGAAACAAAUAAAAAAGGAAAACAGAAAGCGUCGAGGAACGACGACGGUACGACGAUAUACUGUCCGGAGAGAGUCUGGAUCGAGUGUAGCCACGGUAUCGCGAACGAGACGAGUGUUGAUGCGAUCGGCAAGACCGCCGACGUCGAGACCGUAGCUGACAUCGAGAAAUGGUUAAAAACGCGGACGGAAUCCGUGUCGAGCAUGGACCUCGACGCGAUCAAGUCGGGUGUCGAGGAGGGCGUCGACCGGUACCUGGGCGAGGAACUCCAGCACGCUUUUCUGGAAAAGGACCCUGACGGGCUGUCGAUCGACAUCGAUCUGUCCGAUAAGAAACUUAACCUAGGUUAUGAUCCCCUGUUGCAAGAGCUGCAAAGCGAAAAGCUGCUCGACGCCUGCGAGAAGGAUGGUUUCAUAUUGCCGGAGUUCCAGUUGGAUCAUUUGGAUCCGUUGGCGUUGUCUCCGGACGACAUGAUGGUCGCCGGCGAGAUUUUGCCAUCGACCAGUGCUCAUCCCGCUCUGAGUGUCCCUAAUCGUGUCGUCGAGGAGAUGUGCCCGGAGCCGGAACAAGACUCUCUGAUGGGAAAGACCAUGAUCGCGGAAGAUCAAGAGCAGCGCAGCAAAUCUACGGGGAUCGUUGUUGACGUUUUGCACGACGCGGAAAACGUAAACAAAGGAGACGUUGACGUACAGUCGCGAAAGGACAGUUGCUCGGCCGACGGUGCAACGAAUCUCUAUAUGCAGGAUCUCGAUCCGGAUAAUGUGAUACAUCAGCUGCCAAACGCCAGGUUGGUGGAAGCCGAUUCCGAGAAUAUUAUAAUCGAACAGUUGAAGACUAAGGCCAAAGUGAAAUUGGAGCCACGAAUCAUUAAGAAACGUAGAAAAAUACCAGAAACGACGGAGAAGAAAUUGAAAAACGAGAUCACGAUAUCCGGAGAAAACUUUAUAGAUACUGAGGACGGGGUGAUGGCAGUCGUAGCCAUAUCUACGGACAAAAUCUCAAACAUGACGCAAAUUGUUAUAAAUACUGGCACGGAGGAACAAAUAUAUCAGGGAAAGACUUCGGAGCUCAUAGAAGCUACGGGAAACUUUCCAAGGUUACCAAAAAUAGAUACUUCGACGGCGUGGAACAGCACAAUAGAACAGAACGUGGAGAAUACUAUUAAUCACGAAAUGGUGAUAUCGAAUGCUUUAGAGGAAUUAGGCAUCACGGACGAUAACUUGCAACCAGUAUUGAUUAACGAACAUGGGAAAGUAUGGGACUGUCCGCGCGAAGAUUGUAGUAGACAAUUUAGCAAGCUUUACGCUUUGAAAGGCCAUUUACUAGCUCACUAUGGCGUGAGACCAUUUAAGUGCGACUUCGAAGGAUGCGCCUGGGCCUUUUAUUCGGAAUUUAAGCUCAAACGGCAUAAAGAGACGCAUUUGAAACGCAAAGACUAUGUUUGCGAGGUGCAGGGUUGUAAUCGUCGGUUCACCACGAUUUACAAUCUGUGGAGCCACAGAAAGUUACACACACGUCCCAAAAGGAUAGUGUGCCAAGUUCCAGACUGCCCGGAGAAGUUCCAGACGAAGAGGGCCCUGGAACUGCACAUGAAAUCGCACGACCAGAGCCACGCUCCGUACGUUUGCAAACACGAGGGGUGCGGGAAGAGGUACUACAGCAGCAACGCGUUGACGUCUCAUCAAAGAUGCCAUAGUUAUAAGGAAGUGGAUGUAAAGUGUUCGUGGCCAGACUGUGGUAAAGUAUUCGACAAGCCGUGCAGGCUGAAAGCUCACAUACGCUCGCACACUGGCUCCAAGCCUUAUCCUUGUACAUUUCAAGGCUGUCAGUGGGCGUUCUCGUCGUCUAGCAAAUUGAAGAGGCACCAGAAGAAGCACACCAACGAACGUAAAUUCGUGUGCGACGUUCCCUCCUGCGGCAAGGCGUUCAUGAGAUCCGAGCAUCUCAGGGAGCACAGGUUAACGCAUAAAGAAGGCAGAUACUUUCAGUGUUUUAUAUGCAACGCGAAGUUCUCGGCGAAAAGCAGUUUGUACGUUCACAUAAAGAAGCAUCAGAACAAAGAGGACGCGGAGACGGACCCGUGCGACGUCGUUAACGAACAGAAACGCGGCAAACUAAAAGAGACGCAUUGUUCCAGGGUAAGUCCGGUCGUGAAGUCGAAGAGAACCUCGAUAGAUCUGAAUAUUGAUACCGCGUGCAUGGACUCGACGGCAACAGCGACGCUCGAACAGACGAGUACAAAUCUCGGAAAUGAUAAUGAAAAUCAAACCAACGUCGACGCAGUGCCUCCGCAGGAUAAACUUAAAACUUUGUACCACUGUCCGGUCGAGACCUGUACGCGUUCGUACACUACAAAAGCCACGUUAAGGGCGCAUAUGUUAAAAGUGCACGGCACGCCCGUCGAGGACUGUGAUAAAUCGUCGAAAAGAGUACCCGGUAGUCCGGUUUACAACAUGGAUUACAUUUUGUACACCACACCCUCGGUGUCUGAGCCCACGGAACAAAUGAUAAUGGUAGCGCCGUGCGACGCUGUUAUUCUCAGCGCCUCCUCGGAAACAGAUCGCUCUCUACCCGAACCGGAACCACCACCUCUUGCCAAUAUACUGAAAAACUCGGAAACCUCGUCGCAAGUUAUGAUGCACCGUCAAAUAUCCAAUCAACACGCGCGAAAAGAUCAGGGAUCGGCGAGGACUGACUUGACGUUCACGGACGUAUGGAAAUUAAAGGCGAACGGUGCUGUGUUAGAUUCUCUUGUUGGGGCGUCGGACGUUGUGUUAGGUACAAGUGAUUUAGAAGAAGGUUUAUUGCUCACAGAGGAAUUGCCUUCUAUGUAUUAUCAGGACGACGUGGUAGGGACGGAGUAUCAGGUACUGUUGCUCGAUUCAGUACCGUCCGAAAGUACUAUAAAUCUGCGGGGUCUUGAAUAGUAAACGACUGUACUUGGAUGUGGGCGAAAAUUGAUCAUUGUUAUUUUUUAAUAUAGGAUAAGUUUUAAUAUGGUCUGUGAUCGAAGGCUCGUUUUAGCCUUACAUUCAUUCAUAUUGCAGUCCAUAAUUGCUUCAAAUCGUUAUUUUAUUAAUAAAUCGUUGCUAUUUUU